ACCUCCAUAUACAAUGAGACUACUUAUCCUCCUGAUUGGUCUUUUGACCGUGGGCCUGGUGGCGGGAAAAUCCGCUCCAGGACGCAUGGCUGUGCGCUAUGACAACUUUAAGGUCUACCAGGUGACCAUAGAAACCGAUCUUCAGAUGGAGGAGCUUCGGAAGAUUCAAGAGCACAUCACUGUGCACUUUCUCAACGAGCUCGCUGGCCCUGGACGUACAUACAACCUCAUAGUAGGGCCUCUGUUCCAGAGAUCACUGGAAAAUACCCUCAACUUCCUGGAGAUUGCUUAUCAAGUGAUUGUUGAGGAUCUGCAGAAACUGCUGGAUGAGGCCUCUGUCGGCGAUGAUUCCCACAUGGAGUGGGAGACAUACCACACCCUGGAUACCAUCUACGACUGGGUGGAUCAGCAGUGCGCUGCCCACGAUUACCUGGAGUGCAAAGUGAUUGGCAAAUCGCACGAGGGUCGCGACAUCAAGAGCGUAAGGCUGUCUAAGCGAUCGGGCAACAAGGCCAUCCUUCUGGAGGGCAACAUCCAUGCCAUGGAGUGGAUUUCCUCCGCCACCGUCACCUUCCUGCUGAACCAGCUUAUUAACUCCGAAGAUCCGGAGCUGCAGCGCCUGAGCGAGGAGUACGACUGGAUUGUGGUGCCGAUGGUGAAUCCGGAUGGCUUUGUCUACACCCACGAGGUGGAGCGUCUGUGGCGUAAGAACCGUCGUCCGAAUGGCCACAUGAAUACUACGGGAGCUUGCUAUGGAAUCGACAUGAACCGGAACUUUGACUACCAUUGGGGCGGUGCUGGCUGGAAUAUCGAUGAGCCCUGCGAUCACUGGUUCGGCGGGGAGGAGCCCAACACCGAGGUAGAGAUCCUAUCCCUGCAGGACUUUGUUAGCUCUUUCGAUGAUGGAUAUAUCCGCUCGUAUAUGGCUUUCCAUGCGUAUGGACAAUAUGUCCUGCUGCCCUAUGGACACACGAACACCGAGUUCCCACCGAACUACGAACAGAUGAAACGCAUAGCCGCCGCUUUCUCGGAUGCGGCUGCCGAAGUCUAUGGUUCUACUUUUACCUAUGGAGCUAGCGGUCUAUUGAACUAUGUCGUUUCUGGAGCUGCCAAGGACUGGGCCUAUGGCGUAAAGCACAUCCCCUUCACCUGCACCGUAGAGCUAAGGGACAAAGGCACCUUUGGCUUCUUCCUGCCCUCCAACCAGAUCACGGAAGUGGGCAUCGAAGUCACAGCUGGACUGAAGGCCCUAGUAAACAAGGCCCAGGAAGAGGGCAUUUUCGAUUAAGCUCUGCAAGCAGGGGCUUUUCUAAAUAAAUAUAUAGAUUUAUAUUUAAUCAUUUGAACAUUCCAAA